AUGCAGAGUGUCAAGUGUGUGGUUGUUGGAGACAGUGGAGUAGGAAAGACCAACUUACUCUUUACCUACAUCAGAAAGAUCUUUCCUAAGGAACCAGGUUAUAUCGACUUGUACCGGACCCAGCUUAAUGUAGACAGCCAGAUUGUCAACCUUAGCCUUGGAGACACCGCUGGCAGUGAGGAAUAUGACCGUCUACGCCCCUUGAGCUACAACGAAGUCAAUGUCAUCAUCAUCUGCUUCUCCAUUGAUAGCCCAACAUCCUAUGAGAAUGUCAAGCGCAAAUGGCAUCAAGAGGUUAAAGACCAUUGCCCUAAUGUGCCCAUUCUCCUUGUGGCAAAGCAAAUAAAAGCUGUUAAAUAUCUUGAGUGUGCUUCAAUCAGCUAUGAUGGACUGGAUGAGGUGUCUGAGGAGGCUGUGCGUGCUUUUUUCAGUCAUUCAACCUCCAGCAAGAAACCCUGUGUACUCUUGUAAAUUAAGGUAGCUUUAUGCUUUAUGCGCUUGUCU